AUGGACAAAAAGCAUGAAGAGGAGCGUCUGGAUCUGGAGCGGGAAAACGGUAAGGAGUGGCAGAAACUGGACGAACGUCACUAUGAGGAGCGCAUUGAGCUUCAUGAGCAGCACAGGGAGGCUAUCAGAUGCAUGCACUUGCAGGUCGAUGAGUUAGCACCAUCCACGCUUCGAAGGCAGAAAAAGAAGCACCAAAAAGAUUGGAAAAGUCUUGAUCCCUUCCACCAGCAGGAGUGGGAAAAUCUCCAGCAGACACUGCAGAAGAAGUGGCAAGAGCUAGAGCAGAAACAUCAGAGAGAGUCACAAGAGCUGAAGAGGAAAUUUCCGAGCGUCCAGUCGGAGCUGGAGGUGGAUCGACUGAUGGAGGAGUGCAGCAGGAGACGCCAGCAGCUGGCGGAGGAGCUGCAGAAGGAGCUGGAGCAGCUGGAGGAGCAGCUUCAGGAGCAGCAGUAA